AUGGAUGUCAUCAAACCGAUGGAUCGUGAAUUUAGUGAUAUUCCACAAGCAAUAUUGGGAGAUUCUAGAUAUAUGCCUCAUUUUAAGGAUUGUAUUGGGGCUAUAGAUGGAGUACAUGUUCAAGCUUCAAUACCACCUCAAGAUCAAGUACUUUAUAUUGGUAGGAAAGGGAUGCCAACUCAAAACGUUAUGGCUGUAUGUAACUUUGACAUGCAAUUUAUAUUUGCAUGUGCCGGGUGGGAGGGCACUGCACAUGAUACAAGAGUGUUUCUUUCGGUUCUACGCAAUGAAAAUUUAAAUUUCCCUAAUCCUCCAAGUGGGAAAUAUUAUUUAGUAGAUGCAGGGUACCCACAGAUGAGAGGUUAUUUGGGACCAUAUAAAGGCAAAAGGUAUCAUCUCCCGGAUUUUCGUAGGGGUAGCCAACCAACGGGUUAUAAAGAGGUAUUCAAUCAUGUUCAUUCUUCUCUUAGGAGCAUUAUUGAAAGAACCUUUGGAGUAUGGAAGAAAAGAUGGAAAAUUUUAAGAGAUAUGCCUAAUUAUCCAUUCAACAAGCAAGUGAAGAUAGUCAUUGCUACAAUGACACUUCAUAAUUAUAUAAGGAGGCAUGCCCAACGUGAUAGACAUUUUGAUGCUUCAAAUGUUAUCUUAAGUGAAGAGAUAGAUGAGGAUGUUGAUGUACAACAAGAACUUCAUAGUCUUAAUGACAAUGGAACACAAGAGAUGGAAGCAUUGAGAAAUAGCAUCGCUACAAGUUUAAUGAAUGCAUCUAAUUAG